AGUGGAACGCCCCUCGCUCAGAUAACUUUAAAAAAGUUGACCGAGUGGAAAGCGAUGAACUAUGACUAGUGAUUUAUUUAUUGAGGCUCAAAAGACGGGUAUCCUCAAUCUUUCUUGUGGGAGCUUAAUAGAUUGGCCUCUUAAACAGGUCAUUCCUUAUGCCUUGGAGGAUAUACUGCAACUAAAUCUCUCUCAAUGCCGUUUUUCAGCGAUUCCAACACAAGUGGCCGGCUUCCGCAUUUUGGAAAUACUAGAUUGUUCUUAUAACAAAAUUAAAAGCAUACCUGACUUGAGUUGCCUACAAUGUCUUAUUCACUUAAAUCUCCGAUGCAACUAUUUGAUUUCUUUCCCUUCAACCCUUUGUGCUAUACACACUAUGAAGAUACUUGAUCUCAGUAACAAUUUUAUUGCCAGUCUUCCGAAAGAAUUUGGAAAUUUGGGAAAUUUAAUGGAGUUAAAUUUAAAUAACAAUCGACUGGAAACCUUGCCCGAGUCUUUUAAGUUUUUGAAAAAAUUGCGAAUUCUGUUACUCGCAAAAAACCGGUUUCUUGAACUUCCACCUGUUACUUUUUGCCCUCUUGAAACACUGGACAUUUCGCACAACGAAAUAAAAAUGCUUUCCUUUGACAUACUUAGCUUGGAGCCGACUUUAAAAAUCUUUCUUCAUUUAGGCACUCCCAUCUUGUCUCCACCCCCGAGAAUUUGUCAACAGGGUCUCUUGCAUGUUUUUCUCUACCUAAAAACAGAACGGUCUUCAGAGCUUCUGGAGUCCAUUGAAAAUACAGAACUCUUUAUCAGUAGCAAUGAAGAGAAAAACUUUGAAGCUAACCCAAAGACGGAACAGCUCAUUAACUUUAAAGGCACUAUUUUACCCAAAAAACGCUUUGAAAACGAAGGCUCAUUUUUUUAUGAUGAAACUUGUCAUUCUGAGAAAACUCAAAAGUCUUUAAACCAGCUUUUGAUAGUUAUUGAGGACGAGCUUGGCGGGCGUGUCAGCGGAAUAGAAAAUGGCUGUCAACUGCUUGAAGGUCUUCAAGACGGCGUGGUACUGUGCCGUUUGAUUAACGCUAUCCAUCCGAACUUUAUUCCGGAAUCAAGAAUAUUUACACCAAGAAAGGGUCUCCCGCUAAGCUUCGUCCAACGCCGGAGAAAUGUGGACGCUUACAUUACUGCUCUAGAAAAUUUAAAGUUCCCGCCUCAUAAUAUUUGUGCAGCACCAGACAUUAUCGAACUUAAGGAGCCUCGUCAGCUUUUGGCUUCGAUCUGCGCUUUACUUGGAAUUUCGUUUGUAACUGGCACACGCUUCAAAGCACCGGCUCACAAGGUGUUAUCAUCUGGACGCACAUAGUGAUUGGGGCUUUACAACCUCUAG